AUGAAGACCUCAAGUUUAUCAUUAUCAUUAUUAAUGAUAAUUGCUAGUGCUUUAGCACAAUCAACAAGUACAGAUUCAUUCACUGGUACUGCUACACAUACAGCUUUCACAAAGAAUCCAUCAUCAUCUGCUAGUCAACAAAGUUCACAAACUGAUUCAUCUGCUGCUACAACAAGUUCAGAUGCUUUAUCAUCAUCAUUAUCAUCUACAGAUUUAUCAAGUGUUGAUAUAAGUUCAUUAAGUUCAGGAUUCUCAAGUUUCCCAACAUUAACCCCAUCAUUCUCAUCAGCUCCAUCAUCAAGUAAUAUUGGUCAAGGAUCAGCAUCAUCAGCUAAUCCAUCAAGUUUCUUAUCAGCUCCAUAUCAAAACUCAAGUUAUAUUGGAAGCUCAUAUGAUAGUAUAUCAAGUACUUAUAACUUACCAGAAGGUUCAGAAAGUUCAAGCAUAUUAAGAAGUGCUGAAGAACAAUCAUCAUCACAAGCUCAAAUUUCAAGUGCCACAGAUGCUGCUGGUUCAAGCUCAGCUUUAGAUUCCACCACUGGUGUUGAGUCAUCUUCAGCUUCACCAUCAUCAGCCACUUCAAAUACUGCUUCUGCAACAACUUCAAGCUCAACCUCUUCAUCAUCAACCUCAACCUCAACUUCUUCAUCAUCAACCUCAACAUCAACUUCUUCAUCAUCAACCUCAACAUCAACUUCUUCACCAAAUAGUGCUGAAGGUCAAAAAACCACAUCCAAAUCAUCAAGCUCCAGUUCAACAUCCACUUCAUCACCAAGUUCAACUUCAACUUCAACAAGAUCAACUUCAUCAUCCUCAAGUAAAUCAUCAAGUUCUUCAACAAGUUCAACAUCAAGUGCUAGUACAAGUGGAUUAACAACUGUCGAAGCUGCCAUUUUAGCAAGACAUAAUCAAUAUAGAGCUAAACAUGGUGUUGCAGCAUUAACAUGGAAUUCUAAAUUAGCAGAUUAUGGUAAACAAUAUGUUAAUGAUUUGAAAAGUACAUCAACAAAUGCAUGUUCAGGUACAUUAGUUCAUUCAUCACGUUCAGGAUUAAACUAUGGUGAAAAUUUAGCAUAUGGUACAAUUACUGAUACACAAGCUGUUGAUUUAUGGUAUGAUGAAAUUAAAUAUUAUAAUUUUGAAGAUCCAGCAAAUAGUUCUGGAGAUUUUGAAAGUUAUGGACAUUUAACUCAAUUAUUAUGGAAGGCAUCUACAGAAGUUGGUUGUUAUGUUGAACAAUGUUCUGAUAAUAUUAUUUAUGUUAUUUGUGAAUAUAGUCCACAAGGUAAUAUCUUUUUAUCAGGUUCUGAUGAAUAUUACUUCUUUAAAAAGAAUGUUCCAGCUCCUUUAAGUUCUUAG